UUUUAAAUAAUUUAAAGUAUGCCAUAAUAGCAUAUGUAAUUUGAUAAUUGGUUAAUCUGACCUGAGUAUGUCCAAUAUACAGAAUUGUUUAAAGAAAUCCUGGGAUACUGCUAUAGAACUGUUAGUGCUCUUUCUUUUAUACAUAUAAUUUGCAUAAUGAAACAAAUCAUGCAGUAAUAAUCUUAACAUGUAACAACAUAUAAUGUUCUGUAAUUAUUAAGUAUGAUUAUGAAAGAAUCUUAUUAUUUGCUUCAACCUAUACCCACACAUCUAACGGUAGCCCGUAGCUGUAAAUCCUUAAUAUUUGCAGUUACUGAUUUCAGUAGUUGUUCUUUAUAAGGAUUUUUUCACUGUACUGUUCAAAGGCUACAGAUACAAAGCAGCAAUUGUAACAAAGGGGACGGUUCAAGACCUCUAAGGAAAUUGUUUCAGGCUUUUGGCAAGCUCAGGCGAAUUGUGUUUAUCAUGUUUAUAUUCAGUUCUUUUAACGAAAGCUGGGAUGCAGUGUUCUGUGCUGGGGACUGUAGAGGGACAUUCAGGUAGAUAUCUGGAACUAUUUUCAAGCUUUGAUAUUUAAAGUAUAGUGUGUAAAUACAAUUGUCAGAAAUUAUUGCUAUCUGUGCAUACUGUCAUGUAAUGUUUUUUUCUUCUCUGUAGGAAGCUAGUUCUUGGAAGCCGUAAGAAUGUGUACAGAAAGGGAGUUAGCUUCACUAUAAAAAUUCACGAGAAAUGGUGGCAAGGUUUAUGGAUAAACUAUGAUAUAUUAUGUGUAAUCAUUAUUUUUAAAAUAGGCUUCCUUUUAUAUUCCCCUUUUUAAUAGAAACAAAUGAUCCUAUAAAGUCACCUCUUCAGUGUUGUACGAUAGCAACGUGUUAUGAUGCCAAAGUCUAACUGUUUUUGUGCAGUAGAAACUGUGGAUACUGAAUUACUGCCUGGUUUGUAUUUUUUAAAGGCACCUUUUCUAGACUUCAGAAUUAAUUUCCUUAAAGGCAGGUUCAAAUCUGGCUUGGAAGUAGACAGUACUAGUAAAGUGGUUUUGAGUUGUACCAGCAGGAGCCCACAGAUGGAUUGUAGGUCAGGGUGAUGCUUUUGUGCUGGUGGCUUUUGUUUUUAAAAAGCACUUUGAACAUAAGCUAUUACAUUAAUAGAAGUUUUGAUAGAUCAGUUCUGUGCAUCCAUGUGCUCUUGCCCCCUUGCCUUGCAUUCUGAUUUCAGUUGACCUUUUUUCCCACAACACCAUCAGUAUCUACCUUUUCCCCAGACUAGUCACUAACUUCUGGACAAAAGGAAAUAGGUGUAGCAAGUAGGCUGGAGCUUCACACAUGCUAAUUGACACUUGAUAGGCUCACAUUACAGCCUUUCGCUUGCUAAGGGCACUAAUCUGAAUCUUCAUCUUUUAUCUAUCAAUUUAUUGAAAUACAUAGGAACUUAGUGUAUUUAAGAACUUAUUCUCUAGCCUUUGUUCAGUUUGCCAAACAGUCUCAGCAGUAGUUAAAGCAGAUUUACAGGCAACCCAAUAAAAGGUGUGAUUACGUGAUACCCUCUUCCUUAGAAAACCAGAUUAACAAAAUAAAAUUACCCAAGCCUUCCUGGAGUGGGAAGCAGUAUUUUACAUACAAAGCAAGAUACUGGUGAUUAGGAGCAUCAUACCUUGCUGGGGAGUUGUUGCUUCCACAAACUGCUGGAUUCUGAACUCCAGCUGAUACAAGAGCAGGUGUGGUGGGGAGAUGGGGAGGAAAAUGAGUUUGGAAAGUUUUUAUCUGAAAGUGAAACUUUUAUAUAAAAUAGGAGAGCUAAUCAGCAUGCAUUGAGGAAUGUGAAAACAGAAAGGACUAGUAUGUCAAGGACUAUUUUGAAGAUAGAGGUGCACUGUACCAGAAUAUUGGCCUUUUUUGAAAAUUUACAUUUUCUUUUUGUUAUUUUUGCCCUAAAAUUGUUGUUCUGUGAAACUCUUCUGGACUAUCAUGUUGCCCUGUAGAAGUCUGUACGUCAGAAUGAGACAGAACGAUCUUUGCAACCACUGCGAAAAGAGGAGUCACUUUGUUACUUUACAAUAUUCCAUUGUUUGUAUACUUAAAGGUAGCAUUAUUUACAGAUUCAUUGAGGAGCUUAUAUGUUCUAUUGAUUCCUUCCAGGAUCCUCAAAUUUAUUUAUUUAUUUAGAGGUCUGCCCUGAUGAUACUCUUUGGUUACAGGCCACUGUGGAGGACCAAAUAUUCCAAGCUGGUUUUUAGAAAAUCUGAUGCAGUACCUGAAGAACUCCAUCAAAUGGUACAAGAAGGCUUUCUGACCUUGCUGAAACACGAUUGUUUCUUUCAAGAUCUUGUAAGGAUCAAAGGAAAAGACUUUCUUACCCCAGUGUCUCGUAUAUUAAUUGGAAACCCAGGAUGCACUUACAAGUACUUGAACACAAGAUUAUUUACAGUUCCUUGGCCUACUGAAGGUUAUGAUAUAAAAUAUUCCAGUCCUCAAAUACACGAUGCUUGUAAAGCAUUAAUCAGACUUAAUGACUACUUGCAUGUUGAAGCAGUCAAAGCAUUGCAAGGACAAAACUUGUCUGAGACCAAAGAAAUUAAAGAUACUACUGUAAUAGAUAGGGAGCAAAGUUUUGCUACUUCUCUUACAGCAAAAGGGUCUGUUUCAAAAGAUCAAAGCAGUUGUUGUGUACCAGAGGAUAACUACAGAAGUCUAAAGAGCAGAACAUCUUAUAACUUGACUUUAUUAAAUUAUAUGGAUCCACUACAAAUGCUGUACUUGAAACAAGAACCUUAUUUUGGAAUGGGGAAUAUGGCAGUGAGCUGGCACCAUGAUGAGAAUCUGGCUGAAAGGUCAACAGUUGCUGUGUACAGUUACAGCUGUGAAGGUUCAGCUGUGGAAGAAAGUAAUGAACAAAAACUGAAGGGAAGAGACCCAGCUGUUUGGCACAUAGGCUUGAAGGUAGCAUGGGACAUAGAUACACCUGGAUUAGCAAUACCACUUCACCAAGGAGACUUCUACUUGAUGCUUGAUGAUCUCAAUAUGACACAUCAGCACUGUGUUCUGGCUGGUUUUUCACCUCGAUUCAGCUCAACUCACAGAGUGGCAGAUUGUUCAAGAGGAACAUUGGAAUACAUAUUUGGACAGUGUGAACUCGCACUCCAGAAUUUAAAGACUGAUUCUGAUUCAAAGGUUUUAUCUUUGAAAUCACUGGAAACUGCAGUUAUAAAACAAUCAGAAGAAAUACAUAAUGAGGUUGAAUUUGAGUGGCUUAGGCAGUUUUGGUUUCAAGGCAAGCGGUAUUUGAAGUGCACUGAUUGGUGGCUUAAGCCUAUGGCUAAAUUGGAAGAAUUUUGGAGAAAAAUGGAGAUUAUGACAAGCCUGGUCCUCUCUGAAGUUGGAAAAGAGGAACAAAUUGAGGAACAAUGGAAUGAAACCAUCAGCUGCUUCCUGCUUGUUCUUACUGAGCGACAAAGGCUGCGUAAAGAAUGGACAGCAAGGUGCCAGUCGGAAGUGGCAGAGAGCUUGCCAGAAGACCAGAAGCCAGAAUGCCAUCCAUUCUGGACAGAUGAUGAAUGUAAUAUGCCUCUGCCGUAUGAUCUUGAAGAAGUAAUUGCUAAUCUACAAAAUCUUGUUCAGUGGGUAGAAUAAAAGUGACCUUCCAGCCUAUAAUUAUUGAUGUUCAUUAUUUGGAGAGAAUCCUUUUAGUUUAACAUAAAUCUUUUCUUUAAGAUUCUUUCUUAGCUUCUUAAGCUUGAUGAUUCCUUGAUCAUGUGUUAUUUUAUAUGUCAAUGCAUAUUUUACCAGUUUUCACACAGUACCUCAGUUACUGUCUCAUAAUAAAAAAGGCCAGGCCCCAAAUCUACAGAAACAGGUGUCUUUUAAGACCUGAAGUCCAGAACACCCGCCUCAGUUUUUUCCUCCUCCACUCCAAUUCCCACUGGCCCUACACCCCAUGGAUAUCCAUGUUUCCGCAAGUUCCCUUGAUGUCUAAAUGUCUGCUUCCAUGAGUGCCUAGAACUGCCUCUGGCUUGGCAGGCUUGAGCAACGUAAGGCGUAGCUCACACCUGUGACAAAGCAGAUUCCAUGAUCUGGGCAUCCUAAUGAGUGGUCAGCUUGGGGUGAGCCUGCUGGGCGUCUCCAGGAUAGAGCUGUGCACACAAUACGGUGACUUCAUCCACUAACAUAUGCAGAGAUACAGGAGAUGGUGGAGAAAGUCCUUUUGCAAUGGCUCCUUGUUUUAGGGUAUUUUUUCAGAUAAGGAACCCUGGAGGAGCAUCCUGACAUGGAUCCCAGAACUUUCUUGCUGUUUUUCAUCAUGGCAAUUGAGUAGUACUGAAAGAGAUUUCCAGUGUGAAUCUAUACCUCCUGGGCUCCCUGGAACUCAGAAUUCAGUUCCUAACCAUUGUUUUGUUUCUGCAUGCCAUGAAUCCUAUUCUAACACCAGGUUUCCCAGUGCGUUCUCUAAAGAGCUGAUGGACCUAAGUAAGGAUUUUCAUCUGGGAUGUCAGGUCCCCUGACAGAUUAGAUUUAGGUUGUGUGAUACUGGGCAUUGCAGCAUUUGUGUUGAUCUAGUGAGAUCUUUGAGAACAAAACCAGAAAAUUAUGAGAAAUGAAGCUGUUUGUGAUCUGUUUUGUAAUAAUAUGUUAUAAAAAGAAUAAUUCUAUGUUGAAAUGCAGGGCAUUCCUGAAUGAGAGAGAGAUUUUUCAUUUGCUUAAGUUGCUAUUUUAACUUGAGCUGGGGUAUGCCUUUGCUAUAAAAACCAGAAGAAAAUCAUAUUAUGGUGAAACAGCCUGUAUUACCACUAUAAAAGAAACCAGUAAGACUCAGAGCUUGACAUUGCCACCAAGAAAUGAAUACGCCUCCUGUGUUAAUAUUCUGUUUAAAGUCACUGUGGAGGCCAGGCUUACCCAGAGCAGACAGUAUACUGUAUUGGCAAAGCACUCUGUGUGUGGAUGAGACUUGUACUGCCGAAAAUUGUACUUUUGACAGUAUAACAUAUGCCAGACCUCCCUGGAGCUAAAGAAGCUGUGCCAGCAAAAAUUCAGUUUUAGUGGUAUAAAACUGUGUCCACACCUACCAGCUUUUGCCAGGACAAUCAUAUCAAGUCAAGAUUGUACCUCUUAACACCUUUGACAUAGCUGUGCCAGCAAAAGUAUAAAGACCUGCAUCAAGCAUUUUCAUUGUAUUCCGGGACUUCUGCAAAAGCUGUUAGCCACCCUGUAGAAUGUAAGAACUCUCUGAAGAAUAAAUUAUUAUUUAAAGUAGGUUUGAUUACGUUAUAACCUUGACCCAUACAUUUAUCUAUUGUCUCUUGUACCACAGAUUUCUUAGCAUUUUCAAAUACUGUGUUAUGGGUAUUGCUUUUUCUUUCCUGCACUAGAUAAAGCUGGCUUUACCAGUAGGCAAGUAGCAUAUAUUUGGAUUAAUGCCACACUAAAUACAGUUUACUUUGGAGAUCACUUAGAGAAAAGCUAGCUGAAGAUGUGGGAAUUCUGCUUUUGAAAAGACAGUUCUCACAGAAACAGAUAUUACUUUGGAAAUGAGCAAGAUGAAUUCAGACAAGUUAAUGAUGUAACACUUAGCACAGUGUUUGAGGGGAUUGUUCAUUUAUGCUGUUACUUUAUGAUUAUUUUGUGUUUAAUUAAGCACUGCUAGAAACCAUGGGGAUCACAGUAUUGAAAUGAAUCUGACAGCCAUAAAGGGUAGAGAAGGCACAUCCAUGUUGUAGAUCGUAGCUGAAUUGGAGGCAUAGCUAUUAAAAAUGAUUGGCAAAUAAUUAUUUCCAGCAGCAGUGAAAAAUAAACAAACAAACAAACAAACAAACAAACCACAGGGUUUUUUCUUCUAUUAGGAGACUGCUGGCAGCAAUAAUAGAAUUUUUAAAAAUACAUCAUUCUAGUUCCUGUUAUGCUGAAGAUUUAAGAUAGUGAAUUAGCUGAACUAGUGCUAGCCUCAGUGCAGUCACAUAGUAUUCAUUUAAGUCAUGGAUGGCAAUGACUUAGACAAAUGAACACCUUUGGAAUGGAUAAGACCUAUGAUUCACUGACAAAAUACCAAUAAUCAAGUAGUUAAAGAGGAUUAAUGCUGUGUUGCAUUCCAGUCUCACAUAAUCUAAAUCAUUGUAACUUGAGUUCAGUUGAAAUCCAGAAGUAUAAGAAGAUUUCAUGUCUCCAAAGCCCACAGGAGUUGACAGCAAACACAUGAGUAAGGUUGAUGGAACUGUUUGAAGCAUGUAUUGAUGACAAAAGGUACCCCAAGAGAAAAACAUGGUUAAAGGGAAAUAUCUAUUAUAAAACAGGAUCAAGUUAAAAUGAUUGCUGUGGUUGGAUUACAUACUAGAAGCAGACAAAUACUUCGAAGUUUUCUUUAUUUUAUUCAAAUAGUUAUAAUUUAGCUCAUGUUGCAAUGAUACUUCGGCAAUCCAUUUAUAUUCCAGCAUUAGGUAACCCAUUUCCAUUUUGGAUGAGCUGAAAGGCCCAGCCUCUAAUGGAUGUUCUGUGUAUAGCAACUGUUUGCCCAGUCUGGAUGCUCUAGAGGCAGGAGGACCAGGGUCAGUUGUUUUUUCAGGGAAGAGGUGAGAGCAUAAAUUAGCUUCUGACAUUAGAUUCGGUGACUCUUUUUAAAUGGUGAAGUUCAUGACUUUGCUUACAUUUACUUUUCAUCAGCCAUGAAAGAAUUAAGGUAAAAUAGUUCACUUGCACGUGUGCGUCAGGCUAAAUGGAUUACAGAAGAUACAGAUCUGUUUGCCUGUCUGCACUUGCCUUUAGACAAUAUUCAUCAAUUUUACAAAAGCUACUGACUAAACAUGGAACCGAUACAAAUGAAAUGCUCGAGGCAAGGGCUUUUUUUAAAAAAUCUGAUACAGAGUUGGUUUUACACUGAUAGAAGGAAAAUGUUGGCAGAAAAUUAAAAACUUUUAUUGUUUCUGUAAUUUGGGGGAUGAAAGGUAAAGGCUGUUUUUAAGUAUUUGAUAGAAAACUGCUGUUAUGCAAUGUAAUUAGAAAUGUUUUUAUAAUGCUUUAUUCAUAUCCCUGUAUGUGAAAAUACUUAGUCCUGUAGGUCCUUUCUUCUUGUUAAAAGGUUAUGUAAAUAAAAAAUAUUAAUAUCAA